AAGACAAAUUCUGUUUUUUUUGCUCGAAGAAAAAAACAUGCGGAGUAUACGUAAGUGACUAUCUAUUAAUUAUGGUAAAGAGCAAAUGUAACUGAGGCAGUGUUGUUAGCUCUUUGCCACAUUCACCAGUUCUUAUCACUUUGAUGUCAAUAGUCUAAUAAUUCAUACAUUUCCUUGUGAAUUAAUCUAUGUGGAGUAAUUCACUUUAUUGUUGUGAUCUGAAUUUAUCUAACUGAAGCGCUUAUGAUCUGUAAACUUUUACGGUGAGACUAUAAUUUAUGGACGGCGUUUGAGCGAAGCUAGAUUAACCUUUAGAGUAUCCGCCUAAUAACUACGCCCAAAUGAGGGUAAUAAACUGGUGUGGGGAAUCAGAAUUAUGAUUUACGGUUGAUGGUUAAGGUUAAGAAAUAGAUUUAGGGUUUUCAUCACGAGUUAACAUCAGCUACAAUGCCGAAACUCUAUUUAACCAAAUGGAUGAUUGAACUUCGAGUCACAAUCCGAGAUGUAUUAUCUUGUAUCUGAUUGGUUCGUCCACAAACUAUAAUCUCGUCACUUUUACUUGCAGAUUCUUUUUCGCAAGCUAAUUUACCAGUAAUUCGGUUCUUUUACUUGUCUCAUACAAUUUAACUUUUUACAUUUCAUUGACAGGAAUAGCAGUGGGCUGUUUAAUUAACCAAAUCAUCUGUAUAUAUGUAUUCUUCCUCAUUCUUUUACAGGAACUACAAACUGACGAAGAAAAGAAUCAUUUAAGGUGAGUUCAUACCAUAAUUAAUUAAUAUUUAAGACAGUUUUCGUCAUAAGCUAACGGAAAUGGAACAACUCUAAAUAAUUUGAGAGUGCUAGUUUGCUAAUUAAUUUUCUCUUAAACUCCAUAAGAGGACAUGCCAUCUACUUCUGCUAGUCAGUCAGUCAGUCAGUCAGUAACUUCUGCUACGUUCUAGCUCAUCAUUUCAAGUUGGAAAACUUUAAUCAUUGGAAUCGCAUUAAAGAGAAAAGUCUUUCCUGCUGUGGUUUUGAGAAAACGAACCGAAGGUCAAUUGCUAAAAUUUACAAAUGUUAUGAAAGGUUACCAGUAUCGUUGGUUUGUGAUAGAUCCAGAUUCAGGAAGGAUAGAAUAUUAUGAGAAAGAAGAUCAUAAACGAUCACUUAAACCCCGUGGAGCCCUAAGUCUUAUAUAUGCCUCCAUUUGUCCUUCAGAUGAAGAUUCACAAACCUUUUUUAUUAACGCCGCAAAUGGUGAUUUAUUAAAACUGAAAGCAAUUGAUGCUAAAGAGAGGCAAUAUUGGGUAGAUCGUCUUCGAGCAGUUGCUGAAUAUCAUUCAGAGAAAGCUGAACAGCAUCCAUUGAUCGCUACUUUAUCUGGGACUUCUGAAUCCUCUAACCAUGUAGAUUCACAAACUACCGGAUCUCAAGUGCCAAAUUCCUCUAAAAGUUCGUGUUCACAGUCAAAUGAAGUUAAUCAUACUAGUGAUCAGUCUACUAAUGGAAAUUUUCCUAUUGCAGACGCUAGUACAUUCCCUGUAUUCUGUCCUGGUCGCCCAUCUGAUCCACGAGUCCAACUUGGAGAAUUAUUUCGUCAGUUAGAGUUGGAAAAUCAUGCACUUUCCACUGUUGUUGAUAGAACCUCCAUUCGAAGUCCGGAAAUUACAGAUGUAUUCAAAAAUCUUCUUUUAUCAAAAGCAACAAGUCAAGCAACAUUGGAUUGUUUAAAACGUUGUAUGGAAUUGAUCAAACAUCAAGAGAUAACAAGUAUAGUAGAAAAUGGUAAAAUGGCUAAAUCGUAUGCUUCAAAUACUACAGACAGUACAAGUUUGUAUCCUAGUGUAUUUAGUACUGUGGUUGACUCAUCUGAAACUUACAAAAUCAAUGAUAUGAAUAUCUCUAAUGGCCUUUCAAGUAGUGUUCAACUAUCCGAAGAAAUGAAGAACAUUCUUUCUACAUUUCCACUGCCUAUAAAAGAUAUGCAAAUUAAUUGGAAAGAUAUGCCAAACGAUGUAGAUGAAAUCGAUGAUAAUCGUAAUGAUAACAAUGAAGCUUUUGCUAAUAACAAUGAUAAUAAUAGUUCACAAAAACAAAUUAUAAAUUCAUAUAAUGAUGAUGACGAAAAUGAUGAGCAUAAUAAAAAAGUCAUUUUACACUUACUUUCUCAAUUAAAAAUUGGUAUGGAAUUAACUAAGGUAGUUUUCCCUACGUUUAUUUUGGCGGAAUAUUCUUUGCUAGAAAUGUUUGCUAAUUAUAUGGCCCAUCCGAAUUUGUUUUGCAGCAUUACUGAUUAUGUAGAUCCUGAAUGGCGUAUGAUAGCAUUUGUUCAAUGGUAUCUUACUACAUUUCAUUCUGGACAUCUGGAUACAAUUGCCAAAAAACCAUAUAAUCCUAUUAUUGGUGAGACGUUUCAUUGUAGUUGGAUUGUACCACCAGAUCAACUAAACAGUGAAUCAUGUUUAUCAGAAAUAAAUAAAGAUACGUGUAAAAUGUCCACCACCACAAAAAACAACUACAAUGUACCCAUAGUUAUAAGAUAUUGUGCUGAACAAGUUUCUCAUCAUCCAUCUGUUACUGCCUUUCAAUUUUCUUGUCCUAUCAAACAAAUGAAAUUGACUGGUUCAUUGUGUACUCAGUCUAAAUUCCAAGGCAUGAGUGUUUGUGCAGCAAUGUUAGGCAAAUUAAUAUUGAAACUUGGUGAGCAUAAUGACGAAGAGUAUCACUUUUCCCUGCCUACGGUGUACGCUAGAUCAAUUUUAACAGUACCUUGGGUUGAAUUCGGUGAUAAAGUCUCUGUCACAUGCCCUCAAACUGGCUAUUCAGCUGUUAUCACAUUUUUAACUAAGCCACAUUAUGAAGAUAAACUACAUUGUAUCACUGGAGAAAUUUACAAUACACACAGUAUUUCUCCAACUUCAUCUGAUCGUUCAGCCAAAGGGCCUGGGUCAUCACCAUUAAGUUCAGUUAGAAAUAGCAAUCAUUUAAUUGCACGUAUUUCUGGUGAAUGGAAUAAUAUUAUCAAUUUUGAAGUUUUUAAUAAGAAUUUAAAUAAAUGGUCACUGAAUGUCAAUCAAUUGCCUGUUUUCUCAAAACAUAUACGUCCUAUUGAAUAUCAACAACCAGAAGAAUCUCGUCGUUUAUGGCAAAAUGUUACUAAAGCUUUACAAUUAAAAAAUUUUAAUUUGGCUACAGAGAAAAAACAAGAACUUGAAGAACGACAACGUUUAAGUGAGAGCUAUCGAGCAUUGUAUAAAUUCGCUUUCCCAGUCAAAUACUUCACAUGGUAUGAAAACUCUUGGAUAUUGAAAACCACUUGUAAUCAAUAAUUUACAUGGAAAUAAUACUAGAAAGUAUUUUGCCAAUAUAUAUAUACAUUACUUUGUAUUUCGUACCUUGAUUGUUAAUUAUUUUUUGUUUCCCUCUUUUUCUAUGUUCUGUUUCUUUUUUUUUGUGUAUUUACUACUGAUUUCUUUUUAUCCAUCCAUCUAAAAUAUGUACACUUAUUUUGAUAAUGAGCAUCAUAAGAUAACUUACACCCUGUUG